GUGUUUCCCACUUAAGUCACUGUUCUCCAGGCCUCCCCUCUCUGCUGCAGCAAGGAAUCUAAACCAUCUCAGACCAGAUUUGUGAGGCAAAAUGAACAUGAAUGUCCAAAAGAUGUCAAAGGAGGAAAGGAAAACCUCAACUCUCCCUGGUAUCAGGAAGAAUGUAACAGCUGACGAGCUGCUUGAGUCUAAGAUCAUAGAUAAGAAACUAUAUAGAGCCCUCAGCUCAGGAAAACUCACAGCUGACAGUGUGAGUAAAAUGGACUCGGUACGUAAAUACCUACAAGGAACCAACAGCAUCGCAGGUGUGUUUGUGCAGUCCACCAAGCAAAUCAUGAGCAUCUACGAAGCAAAAUCCAAAGGGCUUCUGACUCCUGGAACCUCUCUGGUUCUGCUGGAGGCGCAAGCUGCCACUGGCUUUAUGAUCGAUCCAAUAAGGAACAGGAAGCUCUCUGUGGAAGAGGCAGUGGCCGAAGGCGUAGUCGGUUCGGAGUGGAAGAGCAAACUGCUGUCCGCAGAGAGGGCAGUCACGGGCUAUGCCGACCCCUACACAGGCAACACGAUCUCCUUGUUCCAGGCCUUGAAGAAAGAUCUGAUCGUCAAGGAUCACGGCGUUCGCCUCCUGGAAGCACAGAUUGCCACUGGAGGCAUCAUCGAUCCGCUGCACAGCCAUCGAGUGCCCGUGGAGGUGGCAUACCAGCGAGGCUACUUUGACCAGGAAAUGAACCAGAUUCUCUCAGACCCCGACGAUGACACCAAAGGCUUUUUUGACCCCAACACUCAGGAGAACCUAACCUACUUGCAGCUUGUGGAGAGAUGUGUGAGAGAUCCUGAAACCGGCCUUAGCUUGCUUGUAAUUGUCCAAAAAGGAGAAGACUACUUCUUUGUUGAUGAACAAACAAAGACCAUUCUAAAAGCCACCACCACAACUAAGGCAGGAGGAAAGUUUCAAGGACGAGUGGUGUCUCUUUGGGACCUUCUCUAUUCCAAGUACAUCACUGAAGACAAAAGGAGGGAGCUAGUGAGGCAGUAUAAAUCUGGCACCAUCACAAUUGAGAGGUUUAUGGAGAUCAUACUGACAAUAAUAGAGCAGCAGACAACAGCUGCAACAAUCGCACAGCAAACAGAAACAAAAACAACCAAAACCACAACAACCACAAUUACGCAGACAGCUGUCCCCUCAACUUUCCUUGGUAUCAGGAAGAAUGUAACAGCUGACGAGCUGCUUGAGUCUAAGAUCAUAGAUAAGGAUCUGUAUGACAAUCUCAGCGCCGGGAGAGUCACAGCUGACAGUGUGAGUAAAAUGGACUCGGUGUGUAAAUACCUACAGGGAACCAACAGCAUCGCAGGUGUGUUUGUGCAGUCCACCAAGCAAAUCAUGAGCAUCUACGAAGCAAAAUCCAAAGGGCUUCUGACUCCUGGAACCUCUCUGGUUCUGCUGGAGGCGCAAGCUGCCACUGGCUUUAUGAUCGACCCAAUAAGGAACAGGAAGCUCUCUGUGGAAGAGGCAGUGGCCGAAGGCGUAGUCGGUUCGGAGUGGAAGAGCAAACUGCUGUCCGCAGAGAGGGCAGUCACGGGCUAUGCCGACCCCUACACAGGCAACACGAUCUCCUUGUUCCAGGCCUUGAAGAAAGAUCUGAUCGUCAAGGAUCACGGCGUUCGCCUCCUGGAAGCACAGAUUGCCACUGGAGGCAUCAUCGAUCCGCUGCACAGCCAUCGAGUGCCCGUGGAGGUGGCAUACCAGCGAGGCUACUUUGACCAGGAAAUGAACCAGAUUCUCUCAGACCCUGACGAUGACACCAAAGGCUUUUUUGACCCCAACACUCAGGAGAACCUAACCUACUUGCAGCUUGUGGAGAGAUGUGUGAGAGAUCCUGAAACCGGCCUUAGCUUGCUUGUAAUUGUCCAAAAAGGAGAAGACUACUUCUUUGUUGAUGAACAAACAAAGACCAUUCUAAAAGCCACCACCACAACUAAAGCAGGAGGAAAGUUUCAAGGACAAGUGGUGUCUCUUUGGGACCUUCUCUAUUCCAAGUACAUCACUGAAAACAAAAGGAGGGAGCUAGUGAGGCAGUAUAAAUCUGGCACCAUCACAAUUGAGAGGUUUAUGGAGAUCAUACUGACAAUAAUAGAGCAGCAGACAACAGCUGCAACAAUCGCACAGCAAACAGAAACAAAAACAACCAAAACCACAACAACCACAAUUACGCAGACAGCUGUCCCCUCAACUUUCCUUGGUAUCAGGAAGAAUGUAACAGCUGACGAGCUGCUUGAGUCUAAGAUCAUAGAUAAGGAUCUGUAUGACAAUCUCAGCGCCGGGAGAGUCACAGCUGACAGUGUGAGUAAAAUGGACUCGGUGUGUAAAUACCUACAGGGAACCAACAGCAUCGCAGGUGUGUUUGUGCAGUCCACCAAGCAAAUCAUGAGCAUCUACGAAGCAAAAUCCAAAGGGCUUCUGACUCCUGGAACCUCUCUGGUUCUGCUGGAGGCGCAAGCUGCCACUGGCUUUAUGAUCGACCCAAUAAGGAACAGGAAGCUCUCUGUGGAAGAGGCAGUGGCCGAAGGCGUAGUCGGUUCGGAGUGGAAGAGCAAACUGCUGUCCGCAGAGAGGGCAGUCACGGGCUAUGCCGACCCCUACACAGGCAACACGAUCUCCUUGUUCCAGGCCUUGAAGAAAGAUCUGAUCGUCAAGGAUCACGGCGUUCGCCUCCUGGAAGCACAGAUUGCCACUGGAGGCAUCAUCGAUCCGCUGCACAGCCAUCGAGUGCCCGUGGAGGUGGCAUACCAGCGAGGCUACUUUGACCAGGAAAUGAACCAGAUUCUCUCAGACCCCGACGAUGACACCAAAGGCUUUUUUGACCCCAACACUCAGGAGAACCUAACCUACUUGCAGCUUGUGGAGAGAUGUGUGAGAGAUCCUGAAACCGGCCUUAGCUUGCUUGUAAUUGUCCAAAAAGGAGAAGACUACUUCUUUGUUGAUGAACAAACAAAGACCAUUCUAAAAGCCACCACCACAACUAAAGCAGGAGGAAAGUUUCAAGGACGAGUGGUGUCUCUUUGGGACCUUCUCUAUUCCAAGUACAUCACUGAAGACAAAAGGAGGGAGCUAGUGAGGCAGUAUAAAUCUGGCACCAUCACAAUUGAGAGGUUUAUGGAGAUCAUGCUGACAAUAAUAGAGCAGCAGACAACAGCUGCAACAAUCGCACAGCAAACAGAAACAAAAACAACCAAAACCACAACAACCACAAUUACGCAGACAGCUGUCCCCUCAGCUUUCCUUGGUAUCAGGAAGAAUGUAACAGCUGACGAGCUGCUUGAGUCUAAGAUCAUAGAUAAGGAUCUGUAUGACAAUCUCAGUGCUGGAAGAGUCACAGCUGACAGUGUGAGUAAAAUGGACUCGGUACGUAAAUACCUACAAGGAACCAACAGCAUCGCAGGUGUGUUUGUGCAGUCCACCAAGCAAAUCAUGAGCAUCUACGAAGCAAAAUCCAAAGGGCUUCUGACUCCUGGAACCUCUCUGGUUCUGCUGGAGGCGCAAGCUGCCACUGGCUUUAUGAUCGACCCAAUAAGGAACAGGAAGCUCUCUGUGGAAGAGGCAGUGGCCGAAGGCGUAGUCGGUUCGGAGUGGAAGAGCAAACUGCUGUCCGCAGAGAGGGCAGUCACGGGCUAUGCCGACCCCUACACAGGCAACACGAUCUCCUUGUUCCAGACCUUGAAGAAAGAUCUGAUCGUCAAGGAUCACGGCGUUCGCCUCCUGGAAGCACAGAUUGCCACUGGAGGCAUCAUCGAUCCGCUGCACAGCCAUCGAGUGCCCGUGGAGGUGGCAUACCAGCGAGGCUACUUUGACCAGGAAAUGAACCAGAUUCUCUCAGACCCUGACGAUGACACCAAAGGCUUUUUUGACCCCAACACCCAGGAGAACCUAACCUACUUGCAGCUUGUGGAGAGAUGUGUGAGAGAUCCUGAAACCGGCCUUAGCUUGCUUGUAAUUGUCCAAAAAGGAGAAGACUACUUCUUUGUUGAUGAACAAACAAAGACCAUUCUAAAAGCCACCACCACAACUAAGGCAGGAGGAAAGUUUCAAGGACGAGUGGUGUCUCUUUGGGACCUUCUCUAUUCCAAGUAUAUCACUGAAGACAAAAGGAGGGAGCUAGUGAGGCAGUAUAAAUCUGGCACCAUCACAAUUGAGAGGUUUAUGGAGAUCAUACUGACAAUAAUAGAGCAGCAGACAACAGCUGCAACAAUCGCACAGCAAACAGAAACAAAAACAACCAAAACCACAACAACCACAAUUACGCAGACAGCUGUCCCCUCAACUUUCCUUGGUAUCAGGAAGAAUGUAACAGCUGACGAGCUGCUUGAGUCUAAGAUCAUAGAUAAGGAUCUGUAUGACAAUCUCAGUGCUGGGAGAGUCACAGCUGACAGUGUGAGUAAAAUGGACUCGGUACGUAAAUACCUACAAGGAACCAACAGCAUCGCAGGUGUGUUUGUGCAGUCCACCAAGCAAAUCAUGAGCAUCUACGAAGCAAAAUCCAAAGGGCUUCUGACUCCUGGAACCUCUCUGGUUCUGCUGGAGGCGCAAGCUGCCACUGGCUUUAUGAUCGACCCAAUAAGGAACAGGAAGCUCUCUGUGGAAGAGGCAGUGGCCGAAGGCGUAGUCGGUUCGGAGUGGAAGAGCAAACUGCUGUCCGCAGAGAGGGCAGUCACGGGCUAUGCCGACCCCUACACAGGCAACACGAUCUCCUUGUUCCAGGCCUUGAAGAAAGAUCUGAUCGUCAAGGAUCACGGCGUUCGCCUCCUGGAAGCACAGAUUGCCACUGGAGGCAUCAUCGAUCCGCUGCACAGCCAUCGAGUGCCCGUGGAGGUGGCAUACCAGCGAGGCUACUUUGACCAGGAAAUGAACCAGAUUCUCUCAGACCCCGACGAUGACACCAAAGGCUUUUUUGACCCCAACACUCAGGAGAACCUAACCUACUUGCAGCUUGUGGAGAGAUGUGUGAGAGAUCCUGAAACCGGCCUUAGCUUGCUUGUAAUUGUCCAAAAAGGAGAAGACUACUUCUUUGUUGAUGAACAAACAAAGACCAUUCUAAAAGCCACCACCACAACUAAGGCAGGAGGAAAGUUUCAAGGACGAGUGGUGUCUCUUUGGGACCUUCUCUAUUCCAAGUACAUCACUGAAGACAAAAGGAGGGAGCUAGUGAGGCAGUAUAAAUCUGGCACCAUCACAAUUGAGAGGUUUAUGGAGAUCAUACUGACAAUAAUAGAGCAGCAGACAACAGCUGCAACAAUCGCACAGCAAACAGAAACAAAAACAACCAAAACCACAACAACCACAAUUACGCAGACAGCUGUCCCCUCAACUUUCCUUGGUAUCAGGAAGAAUGUAACAGCUGACGAGCUGCUUGAGUCUAAGAUCAUAGAUAAGGAUCUGUAUGACAAUCUCAGCGCCGGGAGAGUCACAGCUGACAGUGUGAGUAAAAUGGACUCGGUGCGUAAAUACCUACAAGGAACCAACAGCAUCGCAGGUGUGUUUGUGCAGUCCACCAAGCAAAUCAUGAGCAUCUACGAAGCAAAAUCCAAAGGGCUUCUGACUCCUGGAACCUCUCUGGUUCUGCUGGAGGCGCAAGCUGCCACUGGCUUUAUGAUCGACCCAAUAAGGAACAGGAAGCUCUCUGUGGAAGAGGCAGUGGCCGAAGGCGUAGUCGGUUCGGAGUGGAAGAGCAAACUGCUGUCCGCAGAGAGGGCAGUCACGGGCUAUGCCGACCCCUACACAGGCAACACGAUCUCCUUGUUCCAGGCCUUGAAGAAAGAUCUGAUCGUCAAGGAUCACGGCGUUCGCCUCCUGGAAGCACAGAUUGCCACUGGAGGCAUCAUCGAUCCGCUGCACAGCCAUCGAGUGCCCGUGGAGGUGGCAUACCAGCGAGGCUACUUUGACCAGGAAAUGAACCAGAUUCUCUCAGACCCUGACGAUGACACCAAAGGCUUUUUUGACCCCAACACUCAGGAGAACCUAUCCUACUUGCAGCUUGUGGAGAGAUGUGUGAGAGAUCCUGAAACCGGCCUUAGCUUGCUUGUAAUUGUCCAAAAAGGAGAAGACUACUUCUUUGUUGAUGAACAAACAAAGACCAUUCUAAAAGCCACCACCACAACUAAAGCAGGAGGAAAGUUUCAAGGACGAGUGGUGUCUCUUUGGGACCUUCUCUAUUCCAAGUACAUCACUGAAAACAAAAGGAGGGAGCUAGUGAGGCAGUAUAAAUCUGGCACCAUCACAAUUGAGAGGUUUAUGGAGAUCAUACUGACAAUAAUAGAGCAGCAGACAACAGCUGCAACAAUCGCACAGCAAACAGAAACAAAAACAACCAAAACCACAACAACCACAAUUACGCAGACAGCUGUCCCCUCAACUUUCCUUGGUAUCAGGAAGAAUGUAACAGCUGACGAGCUGCUUGAGUCUAAGAUCAUAGAUAAGGAUCUGUAUGACAAUCUCAGCGCCGGGAGAGUCACAGCUGACAGUGUGAGUAAAAUGGACUCGGUGUGUAAAUACCUACAGGGAACCAACAGCAUCGCAGGUGUGUUUGUGCAGUCCACCAAGCAAAUCAUGAGCAUCUACGAAGCAAAAUCCAAAGGGCUUCUGACUCCUGGAACCUCUCUGGUUCUGCUGGAGGCGCAAGCUGCCACUGGCUUUAUGAUCGACCCAAUAAGGAACAGGAAGCUCUCUGUGGAAGAGGCAGUGGCCGAAGGCGUAGUCGGUUCGGAGUGGAAGAGCAAACUGCUGUCCGCAGAGAGGGCAGUCACGGGCUAUGCCGACCCCUACACAGGCAACACGAUCUCCUUGUUCCAGGCCUUGAAGAAAGAUCUGAUCGUCAAGGAUCACGGCGUUCGCCUCCUGGAAGCACAGAUUGCCACUGGAGGCAUCAUCGAUCCGCUGCACAGCCAUCGAGUGCCCGUGGAGGUGGCAUACCAGCGAGGCUACUUUGACCAGGAAAUGAACCAGAUUCUCUCAGACCCCGACGAUGACACCAAAGGCUUUUUUGACCCCAACACUCAGGAGAACCUAACCUACUUGCAGCUUGUGGAGAGAUGUGUGAGAGAUCCUGAAACCGGCCUUAGCUUGCUUGUAAUUGUCCAAAAAGGAGAAGACUACUUCUUUGUUGAUGAACAAACAAAGACCAUUCUAAAAGCCACCACCACAACUAAAGCAGGAGGAAAGUUUCAAGGACGAGUGGUGUCUCUUUGGGACCUUCUCUAUUCCAAGUACAUCACUGAAAACAAAAGGAGGGAGCUAGUGAGGCAGUAUAAAUCUGGCACCAUCACAAUUGAGAGGUUUAUGGAGAUCAUGCUGACAAUAAUAGAGCAGCAGACAACAGCUGCAACAAUCGCACAGCAAACAGAAACAAAAACAACCAAAACCACAACAACCACAAUUACGCAGACAGCUGUCCCCUCAGCUUUCCUUGGUAUCAGGAAGAAUGUAACAGCUGACGAGCUGCUUGAGUCUAAGAUCAUAGAUAAGGAUCUGUAUGACAAUCUCAGUGCUGGGAGAGUCACAGCUGACAGUGUGAGUAAAAUGGACUCGGUACGUAAAUACCUACAAGGAACCAACAGCAUCGCAGGUGUGUUUGUGCAGUCCACCAAGCAAAUCAUGAGCAUCUACGAAGCAAAAUCCAAAGGGCUUCUGACUCCUGGAACCUCUCUGGUUCUGCUGGAGGCGCAAGCUGCCACUGGCUUUAUGAUCGACCCAAUAAGGAACAGGAAGCUCUCUGUGGAAGAGGCAGUGGCCGAAGGCGUAGUCGGUUCGGAGUGGAAGAGCAAACUGCUGUCCGCAGAGAGGGCAGUCACGGGCUAUGCCGACCCCUACACAGGCAACACGAUCUCCUUGUUCCAGGCCUUGAAGAAAGAUCUGAUCGUCAAGGAUCACGGCGUUCGCCUCCUGGAAGCACAGAUUGCCACUGGAGGCAUCAUCGAUCCGCUGCACAGCCAUCGAGUGCCCGUGGAGGUGGCAUACCAGCGAGGCUACUUUGACCAGGAAAUGAACCAGAUUCUCUCAGACCCCGACGAUGACACCAAAGGCUUUUUUGACCCCAACACUCAGGAGAACCUAACCUACUUGCAGCUUGUGGAGAGAUGUGUGAGAGAUCCUGAAACCGGCCUUAGCUUGCUUGUAAUUGUCCAAAAAGGAGAAGACUACUUCUUUGUUGAUGAACAAACAAAGACCAUUCUAAAAGCCACCACCACAACUAAAGCAGGAGGAAAGUUUCAAGGACGAGUGGUGUCUCUUUGGGACCUUCUCUAUUCCAAGUACAUCACUGAAGACAAAAGGAGGGAGCUAGUGAGGCAGUAUAAAUCUGGCACCAUCACAAUUGAGAGGUUUAUGGAGAUCAUACUGACAAUAAUAGAGCAGCAGACAACAGCUGCAACAAUUGCACAGCAAACAGAAACAAAAACAACCAAAACCACAACAACCACAAUUACGCAGACAGCUGUCCCCUCAACUUUCCUUGGUAUCAGGAAGAAUGUAACAGCUGACGAGCUGCUUGAGUCUAAGAUCAUAGAUAAGGAUCUGUAUGACAAUCUCAGCACCGGGAGAGUCACAGCUGACAGUGUGAGUAAAAUGGACUCGGUGCGUAAAUACCUACAGGGAACCAACAGCAUCGCAGGUGUGUUUGUGCAGUCCACCAAGCAAAUCAUGAGCAUCUACGAAGCAAAAUCCAAAGGGCUUCUGACUCCUGGAACCUCUCUGGUUCUGCUGGAGGCGCAAGCUGCCACUGGCUUUAUGAUCGACCCAAUAAGGAACAGGAAGCUCUCUGUGGAAGAGACAGUGGCCGAAGGCGUAGUCGGUUCGGAGUGGAAGAGCAAACUGCUGUCCGCAGAGAGGGCAGUCACGGGCUAUGCCGACCCCUACACAGGCAACACGAUCUCCUUGUUCCAGGCCUUGAAGAAAGAUCUGAUCGUCAAGGAUCACGGCGUUCGCCUCCUGGAAGCACAGAUUGCCACUGGAGGCAUCAUCGAUCCGCUGCACAGCCAUCGAGUGCCCGUGGAGGUGGCAUACCAGCGAGGCUACUUUGACCAGGAAAUGAACCAGAUUCUCUCAGACCCCGACGAUGACACCAAAGGCUUUUUUGACCCCAACACUCAGGAGAACCUAACCUACUUGCAGCUUGUGGAGAGAUGUGUGAGAGAUCCUGAAACCGGCCUUAGCUUGCUUGUAAUUGUCCAAAAAGGAGAAGACUACUUCUUUGUUGAUGAACAAACAAAGACCAUUCUAAAAGCCACCACCACAACUAAGGCAGGAGGAAAGUUUCAAGGACGAGUGGUGUCUCUUUGGGACCUUCUCUAUUCCAAGUAUAUCACUGAAGACAAAAGGAGGGAGCUAGUGAGGCAGUAUAAAUCUGGCACCAUCACAAUUGAGAGGUUUAUGGAGAUCAUACUGACAAUAAUAGAGCAGCAGACAACAGCUGCAACAAUCGCACAGCAAACAGAAACAAAAACAACCAAAACCACAACAACCACAAUUACGCAGACAGCUGUCCCCUCAACUUUCCUUGGUAUCAGGAAGAAUGUAACAGCUGACGAGCUGCUUGAGUCUAAGAUCAUAGAUAAGGAUCUGUAUGACAAUCUCAGCGCCGGGAGAGUCACAGCUGACAGUGUGAGUAAAAUGGACUCGGUGCGUAAAUACCUACAAGGAACCAACAGCAUCGCAGGUGUGUUUGUGCAGUCCACCAAGCAAAUCAUGAGCAUCUACGAAGCAAAAUCCAAAGGGCUUCUGACUCCUGGAACCUCUCUGGUUCUGCUGGAGGCGCAAGCUGCCACUGGCUUUAUGAUUGACCCAAUAAGGAACAGGAAGCUCUCUGUGGAAGAGGCAGUGGCCGAAGGCGUAGUCGGUUCGGAGUGGAAGAGCAAACUGCUGUCCGCAGAGAGGGCAGUCACGGGCUAUGCCGACCCCUACACAGGCAACACGAUCUCCUUGUUCCAGGCCUUGAAGAAAGAUCUGAUCGUCAAGGAUCACGGCGUUCGCCUCCUGGAAGCACAGAUUGCCACUGGAGGCAUCAUCGAUCCGCUGCACAGCCAUCGAGUGCCCGUGGAGGUGGCAUACCAGCGAGGCUACUUUGACCAGGAAAUGAACCAGAUUCUCUCAGACCCCGACGAUGACACCAAAGGCUUUUUUGACCCCAACACUCAGGAGAACCUAACCUACUUGCAGCUUGUGGAGAGAUGUGUGAGAGAUCCUGAAACCGGCCUUAGCUUGCUGUCUCUGAAUAAAUGA